AUGGCGACGAGAAGGACGCACAACAAAACGAGGCUGGGUUGUCACCAAUGCAAAAGGAGACGCAUAAAGUGUGAUGGCAAACAUCCAACCUGUGCGAACUGCGAAAAGAAAGGCGAAUCAUGUAGCUUCCUUCAGCUAGCCCCUUCAUCACGACUCACCGGUCCCAUGUCAUCCCGAGGACCAGCAUCUUCGAUAUCGCCGCCCCCCGAGACGUCUUAUAUACAAGCACUUUCACCUCCAGUUCCCAGUUCCAGUAGUUGUAACACUGCCGAGUCAGCGAGGAACUCACCGCACAUAUCUCCGCCAACUGAGCAUCUACCGGCUUGUUACUCAACGGCGCUACAGCAUGAUAUCCCUGUAUCAGAACAAGAAGGUAGAUCUCCAUGGUCGAGUCCCAGGCCUCCAACGCCCACCCAUCCUUUAGAGCUACAGAUCUUGGAAAGCUCGAUCCCGCCAUACCUGCGCCUGAACGACGUCUGGAAAGGCAUCAGGGAGCCACUGCCUCCGUCACUCCAAGAUGUCCUUUUUCACUAUGAAUACACAACAAGUCUUACGCUGGCCACUGAUGAUCCUGCUAAGGCAGCAUGGCAGUCAUCCAUACCUGAAAUGGCGCACGCGCAUGACUUUCUGGUAAAUUGCGUGCUUUCGGUGGCCUCGCUUCAUCUUGGACGACUCCAUGAAGAUCGAACCCAAAAGACAAGAAUGAAUGCUGUGGCAGCAUCAAGGAUGAAUAAAGCCCUGGCGACCUAUCGCACUCAGCUCGAAAACAUUACAGCCUCGAACGCAACAGCACUCUUUGCUAGCUCUAUGUUCACAGCAGUCUAUUUGUUCCGUAUGUCGGCCAUAGACAUUGAAGCAUUGCGCGAGACUAUACCUUACGGCACAGUCAUACCUCCUCCCGGUGUUGUUGACAAGAUGAUGGCAUGCAUCCUGCGUACAGUCUGGGGUCUCCGCGGUCCACUUACUGUGCUCAUGAACGGAUGGAAUCACGUAAUCAACGGAGCAAUGCAUUCUGUAGCCGCGCGUAAAUGGUGGCCAAGUAAACUUACUCCAGCUACUGCUCGUGCAGAAGAGGAGGAUCAGCGGCUACAGAAGAUUGAUAAGCUGUGGAUGGACACUGACAAAGCUCGAGAGCCGCAUACUCAUCAUCUGAACGAAGCGCUUGCCUACCUGCGCGAGUGCUAUGCGUUAGUAUCACAGCUCACUCUUCCUGGAGUAUUUCCUCCAAUGACUGCGGUUCCUUAUGCAGUUGAUGACACCACUACCGGUGUGCUUACAGACCGUGGCGCUAUCUUUGUUUGGUCAACACGGAUCUCGCGCGAGUUCAUUCAUCUCCUCGAGACUAAAGACCGAGACGCCCUGGUCAUCCUCGCACAUUACGCCGUGCUGCCCGGCCGAGUACGUAACGUCUGGUGGCUUGAGGGCUUAGGUGGCGACUUUGUCACUGCCAUUGCCAUGGCGAUUGGUAUUGAAAAUUGGCAUUUGAUCGAGUGGCCGGCCCACGUCGUUGGGGUCGAUUUGUGGAAUGCCUUUGGCGUCAGGCAGGAUAGACUGGUGGGCAAGCCUGAUGAGCUGCACAUGGAUGUCAUUUGA